AUGCCCCACGGCAACCUCUGGGGCUGGGGAGAGACGGGCCGCCGCGACUCCGUCUCAGGGGCGGUCGCCGCCGACGCCGCACCCGAGCCGUCCAAGGCGGGCAGGCUCCUGGUGCUGGUGAACCCGGCCGCGGGGAAAGGAAGGGGCGUCGCCGCCUACGAGCGGGACGUCGCGCCCGUGCUGGCGGCGUUGAGCGGAUGCGGCGUCGUCGUCGAGAUGCGCGUCACCGCGCUGCGAGGCGAGGCGAUGAAGAUCGCGAACGCCCUCGACCUCGACGCGUACAGGGCGGUGGUGUGCGUGGGGGGAGACGGCACACUCGCGGAGGUGUUCAACGGCCUCAUGACUCGCCCGGACGCCGCACGAGCGCAGUCCUUCCCCGUCGGCGUCGUCCCCGCGGGGUCCGGUAACGCGGUGGCCAAAUCCCUCACGCACCGAGUCGCGCAGCCGUGCGACAAUUGCACAGCCGCGCUCGCAAUCGCGCGAGGGCACCUCGUCUCGCUCGAUCGCGCCGAGAGCGAGAGGCUGCCCAUCGCGAUGCACGCGCUGCUGUCGCUGUCUUGGGGUUUUUUUUCAGACGUGGACAUCGAGAGCGAGCGGUGGAGGUUUCUCGGCGGCGCUCGGUUCACGGUGGGCGCCAUCGUCCGCGUGCUCUUCAUGCGACGGUACGACGCGAGGAUUCGGUUCAGGCCGCUCGGCGCCGAGGACGCCGCCGACGCCGCGUUUUUCCUCGAAGACGGAUCCAGCGACGAUGAAGAAGAUGAUGGCGCGUUUUACAACAAGUUCGACAUCAGCCGGAGUCGAAAGCGAAAAGGGUCGACGCCGGGAUGGCGCGAAAUCGCGGGCGACGACGUGCAAGGCGUGUGGGCUCUCAACCUGCCGUGGGCCGCGGAGGACAUGUUCGCCGCCCCCGCCGCGCAGUGCUCCGACGGCGCCUUCGACCUGCUCGUGUUCAAGGGCCACUCGCGUCUGUCCCUGCUGCUCAACCUGCUCAAGCUCGACGCCGGGAGGCACGUGCCGCAUUCACGGGUCACCUACGUCAAGGCGUCCGAGUUGGAAGUCGUCCCCGGCGCGUCGUCCACGGGACAGGGCGGAUACAUCGCGGUGGACGGGGAGCUGGUGGCGCGCGCGAGAGAGGUGAACGCGGGCGGGGCGGGCGGCGGCGGCGGCGGCGGCGGGGGUGGGGGCGGGGGGGGAACUUCGGCGGUGCGCAUGGUGACCGAGGUUGACCGGAACUGGCGAGUGCCUUACGGGCCGAUGAGCCUUCGGGUGGUGCGGGGCAGCGCGAGGGUGUUUGGGUCUUCGCGCGGUGGCGGCGAGGAGGUUUAA